CAAAAUGGGUGGGAGAGGAGGAUAUGGAAGCAGAUUUGUGGAAGUGAUCGAUACAUUGAUACCAAAGCUUUGACUUACUUGUGCUAUCAUGCUACGAACUUCUACCUUCCAAGAGACAUGGCUCUUCUGAAAAGAGUGAUAUCUGACUGAGCAGACAAUGACUCUUCAAGAUGCAAACUCUGAUGGGAGUUGUGUGAAUAUCAUGCCUCCAAUAUCUCUUUUAUGUGGUACAUUUGGAGCUCUGGAGUAGCCCGAGAGCGCAAUGCAGGGGUUGGACGAGAUGCUUGUCGACGUGGAGUGGAGAGGUUCAACAAUUUUGGCAUGGCAGCCUUCGAAUGUCGCCUCUGAUCGAGAAAAAACGACGUUUGAUAGCAGCGAGCUUUAACUUGAAGCUCGGAUUCUGAAUCUGAAAAUUCCCUUGAAUGUUCUCCAGGUCUGUUCAAGAGUAGCAACAUGUCUUCAAUCUGUGCGCACUACAGCAGCACGAAUCAUCAAAAUCUACCUCUUCAUCUCCUUCGAUUUACCCUGUAGACAACGGCUCCCUCCCUCUCUUGGUUUUCAUGAAUGCGAUGUACGUCGUCCGGGAGUAUGGACUCCACGGGUCUCUCAGUCGGCACCAUAGUUUACUUGUCGACCCCAAAGGCCUACGAGCAAAUGUCGAAGAAAAAUCACUGAUCAUAAGAGAGACGGAGAUUGGAGUUGGUAGACGAUCAGAGGGUAAGGCUGAGGUCUUUUCCCUCUGGAUGAAUAUUGCAGUUUGCCAAAUGAAUUUAUUCGUUCGCCUCCACGACGCUAAUUAGUCAGGCACUCUUUCUGGCGACGUUUGACGUAUAUUACGUGUCAUUGGCGGAUACUCGGUGCUGGGCAAACUCACCACUCGUUUUUAUAUACCCACUGUUACUUUUCACGUACGCCGUUUAUCUUGUACAUUCCAUCGGACGGUGCAUGAAAAUGUUGCUGAUACAAGUUGGUCUAUUUGCCAAAAUAAAAUGUGA